CUACUGUGUAUGUGUGUACUGCUGCGACGUCAUUUACAACGCGGCAUCGCUGUCGUGUACGUCCGUCAGCACUAUCGACUUUCACUGCCUGAGUUGCCGCUGAGCAACAAAAAACUGCGAAGAUGGCCGGCCGGAUGAUGCUAGCAGGGCGAUGCCCAACAGACGAGCUGUCUUUGACCAACUGUGUCGUCAUCAAUGAGAAAGACGCGCAGAUUGGACAACAUGUGAUAGUGAAGACCAAUCCGCCCCACAAGUAUGUGUUUACAGUUAAAUUUCAUCAAAGUGUCCCAGCUGGAUCCAUUGGCUUCAGUCUUCCUCAGCGUGGCCUCUCAGAGGAAAUGGGCUGGAAUCUCUAUUGGCCAGGAUGUGGAAGUCACCAAUUACAACUUCGACAAGUCCAAGCAGUGUGUGGGCACCAUGAUGGUGGAGGUGGACUUCCUGCAGAAGAAGAGUGUGGACAGCAGCCCCUACGACACGGACAAAAUGGCCGCUGAAUUCAUUCAGCACUUUAACAGCCAAGCCUUCAGCAAGGGCCAGCAGCUUGUCUUCAGCUAUUGUGACAAGCUGUUUGGCAUUGUGAUAAAGGAAAUAGAAGCCAUGGACCCCAGCAUCCUCAAAGGAGAUGCGAGCUCGGGCAAGAAACCAAAGAUUGAAAUAGGUUUGUUGCUUGGCAACAGUCAGGUGAUUUUCGAGAAGUCUGAGAGCUCCUCGGUGCAACUCGUUGGGAAGUCCAAAACCCGGGAGGCGCGGCAGUCCAUCAUCAACCCCGACUGGAACUUUGAGCGCAUGGGCAUCGGUGGCCUGGACAGGGAGUUCUCAGACAUCUUCCGUCGGGCCUUCGCCUCGCGAGUCUUCCCUCCCGACAUUGUGGAGCAGAUGGGCUGUAAGCACGUUAAGGGAAUCCUGCUAUACGGACCUCCUGGCUGUGGUAAGACGCUGAUGGCCCGACAGAUCGGGAAGAUGCUGAACGCCCGCGAGCCCAAAAUAGUCAACGGCCCCGAGAUCCUCAACAAGUACGUGGGGGAGUCCGAGGCCAACAUCAGGAAGCUGUUCGCCGACGCGGAGGACGAGCAGAAAAGGCUUGGUGCCAACAGCGGGUUGCACAUCAUCAUCUUUGACGAGAUCGAUGCCAUCUGCAAGCAGCGUGGCAGCAUGGCUGGGAGCACAGGGGUCCACGACACGGUCGUCAACCAGCUGUUGUCCAAGAUCGAUGGAGUGGAGCAGCUCAACAACAUCUUGGUCAUAGGAAUGACCAACAGACCGGACCUGAUUGAUGAAGCCUUGUUGAGACCUGGCAGACUAGAGGUGAAGAUGGAGAUUGGGCUGCCCGAUGAGACCGGACGUGUCCAGAUCCUCUACAUCCACACGGCCAAGAUGCGCGAGUUCAAGUUGCUGGCCUCCGAUGUGGACGUUAAAGAGCUGGCCGCCGAGACCAAGAACUUCAGCGGCGCUGAGCUGGAGGGGCUGGUCCGAGCUGCCCAGUCCACAGCCAUGAACCGCCACAUCAAGGCCAGCAACACUGUUGAGGUGGACCUGGAAAAGGCAGAGAAGCUACUAGUGCACAGAGAUGACUUUCUGGCCUCUUUGGAAAAUGACAUUAAACCGGCCUUUGGUACCAACCAGGAAGACUAUGCCAGUUACAUCAUGAAUGACAUCAUAAAGUGGGGCGACCCCGUGACCGCCGUGUUGGAUGAUGGCCUCCUGCUUGUCCAGCAGACCAAGAACAGUGACCGUACCCCACUAGUGUCUGUACUGCUGGAGGGGCCGCCGCAUAGCGGCAAAACCGCCCUGGCUGCCAAGAUCGCCGAGGAGUCCCAGUUCCCCUUCAUCAAGAUCUGCUCCCCAGACAAGAUGAUUGGCCACUCGGAGAUCGCCAAAUGCCAGGCCAUCAAGAAGAUAUUCGAGGAUGCCUAUAAGUCACAGCUGAGUUGUGUGGUGGUGGAUGACAUUGAGCGGUUGCUGGAUUAUGUCCCAAUUGGACCUCGGUUCUCCAAUCUGGUUCUGCAAGCUCUGCUGGUUCUGUUGAAGAAACCACCUCCACAUGGCCGCAAGCUGCUCAUCGUUGGCACCACCAGUCGCAAGGACGUCCUGCAGGAGAUGGAGAUGCUGGACGCCUUCAGCACCAAGAUCCACGUCCCCAACAUCUCCCGAGGGGAGCAGCUGGUGGAGGCCCUGGAGAUGCUUGGUAGCUUCCAGGAAAAGGAGCGUGCCAUCAUCGCAAAAGAAGUGAAAGGCAAGAGCGUGUGGAUCGGCAUCAAGAAACUGCUGAUGCUUAUCGAGAUGUCCCUGCAGAUGCAUGCUGAAUACAGAGUUAGGAAGUUUCUGUCCUUGCUCAGGGAAGAGGGCGCGUUGGAUUCGGACCUUCACGUGAGGAUAUAAGAACACUGCUAAAGCAAUGCCCUGCAGACAUUCAUGUGUCCAAGGAGGACAAGACCACAGGCAGCUUGUGUUGGAGUCGGAGAGAGAGAGAGAGGAAAGAGAGAAGAGAGAGAGAGAGAGAGAAGAAGGGAGGACGCUCUCUCUUUCUGUUCCUUCCGGGGUCUCUACGUGCUCUGUUGUCAGUGGUGAUCAUGACCUGCCGGUGACACUACCACCACCUCCAGGACACCCACCCCACCCCCACCCCCAAGACCACACAGCUCAGCUCCUCUCUGUCUCGGUGGCUCCUCAAUGUUGUCCUCUUCUGCACAUCCAGCCUCACACUCCCAUGGGUUGCUCUGCAUUGGUGUUUCAUUGUUUCUAGUGGAUGUAUUGAUGUGGUCGAUGUAAAGGCUGGACUGAACUGUGUGUGUGUGUGUGUGUGUGUGGUGUGUGGUGUGUAUGUGCACACUCAAGCAUGUAUAUAUGAAAAACCUGCUGUGCUGAGUUUGAUUAUAUUUGCUACUUAAGAAAUCAUUCCACCACAAAGCAAAAAUGUUUUUCCUGGUCUUAUGUAUAUCUUUCUUUCUUUCUCUCUCUCUCUCUCUCUCUCUCUCACACACACCCUUGUUCUUAAUGACUAUUCUUGUGCCACUUAUAUAUUUUAUGAUUAUUGUGUUUGUAAUUAUGAACACUAGUUGUGCUUUUUCUGACCAAAUCCUCUUCUCUUUUGUGACACUUAUGGUCUUGUCUUGUAAAAUAAGUUUUUUCACUGAACUGGAUCAGCUCACUGUUGUGCCUUUGCAUAAAGUAGCAUCUCGGUAGGGGAAACUGUUUGAGUUGUUGCUGUUAUUGCAUUCAACAUGGGUGACGGACUUUUGUGUAUGUGUACAGUUAAAGGGAAACUGCUUGCCUCUAAAAAUACAGUUAAGACAGCCAAUCUCCUCUAUUUUAUUAUUUUUUGACGCAUCUGAGGCUUAGCCGGCUAAUGGCUCUGAGAUCCCCAAUCUGGACCAGUAUGAUGGUAUUGGCGAGUGAGGCUGCAGGAGGUGAUGUCAUCGCCAUGGUUUUUGAAAGUGCUGCGCACCGGGAAACCAGCGUGCUGACCCAAACUCCCCUGGGCCCUAUAUGCGUCCCGCCACGCUGGCAGUUGGCACAGUCCAACUGCGGCCAGUCCACGCUCCCUCUCUUUCGCGCUCUCUCGCGCUCGCUCUCUCUCUCUCUCUCUCUCUCUCUCUCUCUGAAGAGCCAGAAAAGGAGAUGGACAAUCGUGGGAGAGAGAUGGACCAUCUUAUUCAUCUGUCAGUAGGGGUUAGAAUUGUGCCGCACCAGAUCGAAUCUCUAAACAACACUCUAGUUUCCAGCAUAGAAUGAUCAGAUAAACCUCAAAUCAGGAAUGUUUUCACAGUUUUCAGGAUUUUUCCCGUGGAUGCUGUAAUGUAGAAAAACGCCAGGCCGCUGGCUACCUACCUUAUACACUUAUACACUUGAACAAGUCUUAAAAGCGUAUAGAAUACUUUUGUAGUACUUAUUUCUUACUCUGUUAUGUAAGGCUUAUGACCAUUGUCGCACUUCCAAGAGGUAACCGCAUCUUAACUUUAUCUUGCCUUGCAGUAUGAUUACAGGGUGGCUGAUGUCUCUUCCAUGUCACUUAACCAAGCCUGCACACCAGUGUUCCCCCAUGAAGGAGUAAGACUACUGUACAUUAGUAGAUAUCAGUGCUAUGUGACUUUGGUAAUCUUGACCUGCAGUCCUUGUGUGCAAGGUAUAGAGUCAGAAGUGGUAACGCCAAGAACAGUAAUGCUCAGUGAAGAGAAACAGUGACUACACUGCCAAUGCUUAAUCCUGAUGUACAUGUUUCUAACAUUGUGAUUUCAUAUUGGACGUUCUCUGAAAAAGUGCAAUCUUGUCCAAUUGCGAUUUUGAUUGCAAUAAAAACUACACUAAAAUGCAAA